AUGGCUAAUGCGAUAAUUGAUGUCACAAAAAACGGCUUGUCGCAGUACCGCGCCGCCCAAAAGUAUGACAUACCUCAGCAGUCUAUUUCCGACAGACUCAAAGGCCAGGUAGCCCUGGCUGAUCAGAUCCAGCCUCGUCAACUCUUGAGUAAGUCUCAGGAAGCUCGCUUGGUUUCUUGGAUCCUCCGCCAAGAGUCUCUCGGCUAUGCUCCUCCCACACGGACAGUGGGGCGCAACUGGGUCUCUAAAUUCAUCAAUCGCCAUCCGGACAUCAAGAACAAGCGUGGGAGACGUCAGGAAGCUAACCGAUUUAAUGCUUUUACGCCUCGGGCGGUUCACUGGUUCUUCGAUAUCAGGGAAAAGGAGUAUGGAUGGAUUAAACCAGAAAAUACCGUGAAUGUUGACGAAGGCGGUAUUAUGUCUGGCUUUGGUUUGGAUAGUCUUGUGGUUGGGAGUGCAGACCCAAAACGGAAGGCCCUUCUGAAAGGGCCACAGUCCCGCAACUGGACCUCAUUUAUUGAAGCUAUCACCGCGGACGGCCGUGUCCUUACCCCUGGCAUUAUCUUUAAGGGCAAAGAGCUUCAGAAACAGUGGUUCUUGACGGAAUUCGGCAAAAUAGCCGACUGGCAUUACAUAACGUCGCCCAACGGAUGGACGGACAACCAUAUCGCUAUUGAGUGGCUUGAGAGGUCUAUUUGCCCCAGACGCGACCAGCCGAUGCCUCAGAUGCUAGACUGA